AUGGCAGUAACACCAAGAUCUGGGACCCAUUGGUUACCAACACUGAAUGGUAGACCAGUAAAGUUGUUGUCUGGGAUUGACAGAGAUUGUGUUUGGGUGAGGGACCUUAUGACUGCUGAUGGGAGAACCUUUCCCCCUGACAUCUGUGAAUUGAUUCUGAACAUUAAGACUCUUAACACAAAUCACAAUGAUAGAUGGACUUGGAAUUUAAGCAUAAAGGGCCUAUUCUCUGUGCAGUCUGCUUAUGCACACCUAAUUGCAGAAAAGUACCUUAAAAGUGGACGGGCACAAGGGAAAACAGGAGUUGGAAGCUGCAGGUUAUGGGCAAACUCAAGCAUUUUAUCUGGAAGUGCUGUAAUGGCACUCUACCUAAUCUGCUUGCCUGAGGAAUUGAGGUUGAUGGCAUAUGUGGUCUAUGUGGUAAAGAAAGAGAGUCAGUUGAACAUGUGCUCUUCCAUUACCCCUAUGCUCAAC